UAUUCCAUUGGUUGGAUUGAGAGUGACUCAGAUCAUCUAUGUGCUAGGAUGGUGGGUUAUAUUUGUUGAUCAUGAACUAGUUGAGUUGCAGUGGCUGUGACAGAACUACCUCAUAGCCGCUGACAUAGAUAUCAUCGAAGCAAAAAAUUGUUUUCACUGAGUUUGAAUUUAAAAACAUCACAAAAUAUGGGUAAUUUCCUCACACAAUGUGUGAGCUCAGGAGAGCGGGUGAACCGAACUGCAAAAAGAAAACCAGAUAAAACGAAGCCAAAGAACGAUGACGCAAUCAAGCACAAACCUCCGGCGACACAAACAAAGAAUAACAUUCCGAAACCAAGCACACAGUCGACGGUCACCAUGGCGGAAAGACCGAUUGCACCACGUCGACCAAUAGAGUAUUACUAUAAAAUGGAUCACAGAAACCGUGGAAUAGCGUUGAUAUUCAACCAUGAAACAUUCUAUGACUUUGAUUUGUCAAUCAGGAAAGGCACAAAUGUUGAUCGCGAUCGAUUGGAGCACACAUUUACCGAUCUCGGUUUCGAUGUUCGAAUUCAUGACAACAAAACGGAAGCACAGAUAAAGGGUAUUUUGCAAGAAGUUGCUGAUAUGGAUCAUACUGACAACGAUUGCUUAGCGGUUAUGAUAAUGUCACACGGUGAACUAGUGCCAUUCGUUGAUUACACAACGGGUGAAGAGAGUAAUACGAUACUGUCCCAUGAUUUGAUGGGGUAUAUACAUGCAAGAGAUAAAAAAUAUCCGUUGCAAACGAUCUGGAAAGACUUCACUGAUGAACGCUGUCCAUCGUUGAAAAAUAAACCGCGAAUAUUCAUCAUACAAGCUUGUCAAGGUGAUAAAACCGAUGAAGGCUUCAAAAUGAUCGGCAAACGAAACCUCGGCCGAAGAGUUGAAACGGACGGAAUACCUUUUGAACCGCUGAAACUAAAGCCAAUAUUGCCACAACAUGACUUUAUUGUAGCUUAUGCAACAUUGCCUGGAUUCUACUCGUUCCGUAACACCGAAAAUGGGUCGUGGUUCGUUCAAUCGCUUUGCAAUGAAAUUAAAGAACGAAAGAGUAAUUAUGAUCUUCUGAAAAUAUUUACAUUCGUCAAUCAAACGGUGGCUUAUGACUAUGAAUCGAACGCAGAAUAUUCCGAACUAGAUCAAAAGAAACAAAUGCCAUGCAUUAUGACAAUGCUCACAAAGUUACUGCUGUUUCCAAAGAAGGAGAUUGUGUAUUAUGAUUAAGCGUGUUCAAUCACAAGUGUUUUUUUUUAAUUCAGAGUUUUAUAUUUCAUUGAAGAUGCAUUUAUUUUCAUAUACUCUUCAUAUUUUGUUAUUAUUACUAAUUAAUGAGACCAUGUAUUAUUGAGAUAUUCAGUUUUUUACAAUUUUAUUAGUCGAUAAGUUAAAUCAAGAGUAUGCAAUAAGUUGAUAAAUAAUGAAUGAUAAAAUUGCAAUAAUCCAAGCCCUUUGGGAUAGGUAAAAAGGACAAAAUAAAUAUCCCUCAAGGCAAAGCCCGUCCGAAUAUAAA